AUGCACAAUCAUAUUCUCGCCAAGAGACUUCAGAAACGUCGACGAAUAUUUCGCUUUUUAAAAAAGUGGAUUCCUAAACUUCGUUACGUCUUAUUUGUAAUUGGAGUGGGUUGGUUAUUUGUUUUUCCCUUAGAGCAAUAUAGUAAGAAUACUUAUAUAUCAGAAAAUGCUCUUCUUCCUGGUCAGGUAAAUACAUAUUAUAAUUGGCCGCAAGUUCAUGAAGCGGUAACAUAUAGAAAUGAAAUUGUAUCAAUAACAAAUUCUUCUAAUAUUGAUAUUUUCUUCGGGGAAGUUAAUGUAUUUGGAAUUUUAAAUGCACCCCGAGUAGAUGGAACCGAAGCAUUGGUUCUUAGUGCACCUUGGAUAUCAAAGGAUGGAAUAACCGAUGGAGGUGAAGCAGGUGUUCAAGCAUGGUUGGAGUCAUAUCAUGAUCAUAAAUUAUCAGAUAUAAUGGCUGAUCCUCUAUUAUUGAGAUCAGGUGCAAUUCAAGCAGCAAUAAAUCUUGACUUUCCAGGAGGUUUAAAUGGCCAACUUCCUAAUUUGGAUUUAAUAAAUACUGUCAUUCGUAUUUGUCGAGGAUCAAGUUAUCUACAUCAUAUUCCAAUUUCUUUGCAUGAUUCCGGUCAUCCUUACGUACCAAAUGAUUCAGGUGAUUAUUAUUCCUCAUUUGAUAAUUUAUUGACAACAAUGAAAUAUCAAGCUUUAGGUCAUCCAACUGGAAGCCAUGGAUUAUUUUUUAGAUAUAAAAUUGAUGCAAUCACUUUAUAUGGUCGCACUGAUUCAUCUAAUAGUAAACAUCCUUAUAGUUUUUUGGAAAUUGGAUCUAUUGUGGAACCAACAUUUAGAACCACGGGUGAUAAUUCCGCCGAUGCGGUCGAAGAUGCAGUAGUAACAGACGAUAAUAAAAUGUCUGUUGAUGUUAUUUCUUCAUCAUCAACAGCAUAUCUUAGACGACCUAGAAAAAUUUUAUUUCCCGUUAUUGCAUUGAUUAUGGCACAUUUUGCUGGAUUUCUUAUUUUCUUUGUAGUCAAGAAUCAUUUUAUAUUGAGUAAAAUAUCAAAUUUCUUUGGAAUUGAGGGUUAUUUAUUCACAUUAACGAUAACAAUAAAUAUCUCAGCAAUAGUAACAAUAGUUGAAGAUAAUAAUGAUAAUGAUGAUAUUGAUUCUAUUUUAUUAUUAUUAUCAUCAUCAAGUCAACAAAUAUUAUCUAAAAAAUCAUCUUUAUUAUUACUUAAUUGUUUACAAUUAUUAAUAUUAAUAAUUAUUUCACCUCCAGGAAUAUUAAUUAUAUCAGGUACAAAUUUAGAAGAAUUUUUAAGUUGGAUUAUAAUGGAAUAUGAAUUAUUUGGAGACAAAGCUAAAGGAUUUCAAUCGUAUAUAAACUCUGCUCUUGCUGGAAAUAUAGCUGUAAUACCAAAGUAUGAUUUAGGAGUUCGCUAUGCAACGGACAAAGGAAUUGAUGAGGAUCAAGUGAAGACAAUUAAAUGGUUUAAAGCAGCUGAAAAUGAUUAUACUUAUAGUCAAUGUUUAAUUGAAAAUAUUUCUAUGAAGAAUUGA